AUCCAGCUACACACUUUGUUAUCUUGAAUUCUCCAGCAUUUGCAGUUCCCAUUAUCUUUGAGAAGAAAUAGAUCUGUUGUGUUUCAGAUCAUAAUAGUUUCUGAACUGAAUGUCUAUCACUGAUUUUAAUUCCAGUGUGGGGGUGGAUUUGCUUGACAGAUUAGUACGGCCCUGUGCCACUGUUUUAGCCACUCCUCUUUAUUAUCAGAGAAGCACAGGUAGGCUUUGUUUGCAGUGCAGACGUACUCUCUACUGAGAAAACAUGAUUUGGUGAAGAGAACAACUUCGGACAACAUAUCGUCUUAUGCAUCUUGCUUUCCUAAAGCUUUAAAUCAUUAACGUUUGAGAACUAAGAGUUUCACCUGUGUGGAUGAAAAAAAUUGAAUGAUGGACAUGUUCUGUGACUCAUGCAGGCAACACCUGAAGAAUUUUAUGGAAUUGAUACAGAGGGCCUCGGAAAACCUCUUGCAGAAAAUAAAAGAUUUUUUUACCUCAAUACCGUGCUGUUGCUGUCUGAAACGGGAUAGACCUGAGUCAAACAGGUUUUACAAACCAGUUCUUCAACAACAUGAGAAAGAAGCUGCACAGCAGUUUUUGCGACAUGUCGAAGAAGAAAGCAAAAUGAUUGACAAUGAAUGUCUGGAAGCUUUGCGGACAUUAGCUGCUUCUGAAAACCCAAGUCUACAGCAAUCAGCUGCUCUCUAUUACCUACAUAUCAGUGAACAGUUGAAGAAUGAAUUGCCUGAUGAAUACCUGGAGCCAUAUUGUGAUUUGUUACGGUCCAAUGAUUUGGAAGUGCAGAGGAAGGCUUCUCUAUCCCUGGUCAAUCUCUUAGUGGAGGGUAAUGUGAACAAAGAGACAGUGGUACAGGUUGGAUUGCUGGAGCCCAUACUUGAGCUGCUUCGUUCUGGAGAUGCCACUGUACAGUGCAACUCCUGUGCAUGCGUGGCCACCUUAGCCACUUCGGUUUUAAACAGAAAUGCCAUUGCCUCUGAAGGGGGAAUUAAACCUCUCUUAGGUCUUGCAAAGUCAUAUGAUCCCAGAGUGCAGCAAAAUGCAGCAGGUGCCAUUCUCAACCUUACAAAAUCAGAAAAGGCUCAUCAUUUGUUGUGUAAGGAGGGAGCUCUGCCUGUUCUGAUCCUACACCUACAAUCUCCUGACUCCGAAGUCCAGUAUUACAGUUGUUCUGCAUUGACCAACAUCGCUUCCAACCCACUGCACCAUCCAAGUAUGCUUCGAAUAGGUGAUGGCAUUCUCUUCAAAAUGUUACAGGCUCUUAUGUCGUCCACUGUGGUAAAGGUCUGCUGUCAAGCAUGCUACUGCCUCCGGAACUUAUUUCUAAAUGCAGACACUCAAGAUGAUAUUCUGGCCAUGAACUUCUUGCCUCAGUUACAUGAAUUGUUGAAGUUCCCCAACAAAAGCGUGAAUGAAGCAGCUCUUUCCGUUCUCAGUGUUCUAUCAGAGAAUCAUUCCAACACGGCUGUCAUUGUGUCUGAGAAUAUCUUAAAAACUUUGGGGAAGUUACUGUUAAUUUACAAAACAAGUCCUGGAAUCAGUAAUUAUGUUGCAAACAUAAUCCAAAAACUAGCCACGAGUGGGACUCAACAGGCUAUUAUUGACAGUGGAUGUGUUGUAGUCCUGCUUCAGGUCCUUGGGCUCCUCACAAUUCAUGAUGAAACUUUGCUGUAUGUCACAGCUUGUAUUGCUCAGCUCACAAACGAUGAAAAAAUAAGAACACAAAUAACACAGGAAUCAAAUGUAAAUGUAGCAGCUUACCUGUUGAUGCUCUCAAGUCAAUCCGGAAAUAUCGAUCUCUGCUUCCAGGCUGCUUAUAUAAUCAGCCAACUUGGACAAGAUGAAAUGUUUACCUUGCUGUUGAGACCACACAUCAAGGAGGUUGUUGGUUAUGUCUUACAUUUUCUCAAGCAUCAAGAAAUUAGAUUUCAACAUCUCGGCCUUUUAACUAUACGGAAUUUCAGAAAAGAUUCUCAUUUUGCAGCAGCGUUCAGCCAGAGGCAGUUGAUAGAGCAACUCAACAAUGUUUCUCAGCAAACAGCAGAAAUGCAAGAACUACUUCAAGCUGUUUUAUACCAGAAUGAGGAAGACUAAACGCACAAUGAUUGAUGAUGUCACCUAAGAACUGUGUAUCAGGGCAAGUUAAAACUAAAAGAACACAAGAAAAUCAAAGAUACAUAUGUCAUGACCAGGUGAGGGGUGACGUGCCCCUUUCUUUAAACCCCCUCUCUGUCAGCCGUUAUAAAUACUUUUUCAGUUUUCAGCACAUGGCCAUUACUCUUCAUUUAAACUUUGUGAACCAGAUCAUAAAUGAAGGAAAAACAAUUCCAAGGUUUUCUUGAGUGAAAGCUAGUAGAGUUUUGCUCACAUUCAAACACGAGAAAAAUAACAAAAUGCAACAUCAAAUGCUUACACACAAACCCAGGGAAUAAAGCUUUUGGGGUGUUUUGUGAUAAUGAAAACUGGGUCCCAGUAUGCAGCUGUGUUCUGUUUCCUCAUGGGUGCCAAAGUGGCUGAUAACUUCUCAGUGAACGCUGGUUUUUCCAAAUGUUUUUUUCACAAUUGUACUAGUUUCUAAAAGUGGGAGCGAGGGAGAGAAGAAUUUUCAGUAUCCUUGCUGUUAUCCCUCACGGCAGAUUCUGGUGACUGUGUUAACACGGUAUGGUGCUGGAGAAAGCAGCAGGCCAGGCAGCAUCAGGGGAGCAAAGGACCCUUUCUGAAGAAGAGUCCCAACCUGAAAUGUAAACUUUCUUGCUCCUCUGACGCUGCGUGGCCUGCUGUGUUCCUCCAGCUCCACACUGUGUUAUCUCUGCCUCCAGCAUUUGCACUUCUUGCUGUUCCUGGUGUCUGUGUCUUUGUUCCAUUCCAAGUUAGGUUAUAGAAACUUUCACCUCUCAAGGUUUUUUAAUCCAUUCAUUGUACGUGGGUAUCAUUUGUUGGCUAGCAUUUAUUGCCUUGAGAAUUAGUUGCCCUUGAGAAGGUGGUGGUGAGCUGUCUUCUCAAACCACUAUAAUCCCUGUGCUGUAGGUGGCGCACAAUGCCAUUAAAAAGGGAAUUCAAGGAUUUUGACCCAGCAACAGUGAAGGAACAGUGAUAUAUUUCCAAGUCAGGAUGGUGAGUGGCUGGGAGGGGAACUUCCAGGUGGUGGUGUUCCUACAUAUCUGCCGCCCUUUGUCCAUCUAGAUGGAAGUAGUCAUGAGUUUGGAAGGUGUUAAGAAUCUUUGGUGAAUUUCUGUAGUGCACCUCGCAGAUCAUACACACUGCUGCUAAUAAAAUGUGAGG